AUGGAGAUGGAGGGCAGCAUGGAGCUGGGUCUGGUUGGAUGUAUUGGGGAUGUUUGGGAGGUGAUGGUGCUGAGGAGAAGGAGAGGGAGGACAUCAGGAGGAUCCUACCUGCUGCUGCUGCUGCUCUGCUGGCUGCUGGCUGCUCACACCACCACAGUGCACGCCUCAGAUGCCUCCUCAUCUUCCUCCUCCUCGUCUAGCCUCGGAGGUUUCGUGGACUUCACGUUCAUCCAGGAGCCUCAGGACACGGUGACGGUGCGAGGGGGCGUGCUGCAGCUUGACUGCCAGGCGCAGUCCGAUGCGGUGGCAGGACCUCCCGUCAUCACAUGGCGUAAAGACGGCGUGCUGCUGAGCACGGUGGUGGACGAACGGCGGCGGCAACUGGCUAACGGCUCGCUGCUGGUGCAGAAUGUUGUACACUCGCGGCACCACCGACCCGAUGAGGGCGAAUACCAGUGCCUCACCACACUGGACGGACUGGGGAGCAUCGUUAGUCGGACCGCCAAGGUUACUGUGGCCGGUCCGCUGAAGGUGGUUGUCCCCACCGAGUCCGUUUCCUCGUACCUUGGCGACACCGCCCUGCUACGCUGUGAGGUCUCGGGCGACCCGACGCCCAUCAUCCGCUGGCAGAAGAACCGGGAGGACCUACCGCUGACCUUUGACCCCGACUCACGCCUGGCGGCGCUGCCGUCCGGCUCGCUGCAGGUCAGCCGCGUCCAGCCACCGGACUCAGCCACGUACCGCUGUCUGGCCGACAACCCCGGCAGCACCAGGACGGGGACGGACGCCGAGCUACGAGUGCUCCCAGAGCCUGGGGUGAGCAGGAACCUCCAGUUCCUCCAACGUCCAUCCAGAGUUACGGCUCUGCUGGGAACCGACGCCGUGCUGGAGUGUUCUGCUUCAGGAUACCCGACUCCGAGCAUCCAGUGGAGGAGAGGAGAGGAACUGAUCCAGAGCUGGAAUAACAAGUACUCUCUGCUGGUGGGCAGUAAUCUGAUCAUCAGGAGUGUCACUGACGACGACUCUGGCAGUUACAGCUGCACAGCCACCAACAAGAACCACAACAUCACCGCACAAGCAGAGCUGAGUGUACUAGUGCCUCCUCAGUUCCUGAACUACCCGACAAACACGUACGCCUACGAGUCCACAGACAUCGAGCUGGAGUGUGCUGUGACAGGGAACCCGCCGCCAACUGUCCGUUGGAUGAAGAACGGCGAGGAAGUCAUCCCCAGCGACUACUUCCAGAUAGUGGACGGCAGUAACCUGCAGAUUCUGGGUUUGGUGAAGUCAGAUGAAGGAUUUUAUCAGUGCAUAGCUGAAAACUCAGCUGGCAGCUCACAGGCCAUGGCUCAGCUGCUGCUCCGAGAGCCAGUGUCCCCCAGCCCAGGCGUUGCCCUCCCCUCUGCCCCCCGCGACCUGGUCCCUGUCCUAGUGUCAAGCCGAUUUGUUCGACUCAGCUGGCGCCCCCCGGAGGAGACCGGAGGAGCCGUGCAGACCUAUGGCAUUUAUUACUCCCAGGACGGAGUCGAGAGGGAGCGGUCAGUGAACGUGUCGGAGCCGGAGUCGCUGGAGCUGACGGUCUCCAACCUGAAACCGGAGGAGAGCUACAGAUUCAGAGUCAUCGCUUACAACGACGUGGGACCAGGAGAGAGCUCCGCCCCCCUGAGGAUCACCACCAAACCUGACCUCCAGGUUCCCAGCAGGGUGGAGUCUCUUCAAGCUGAGGCUCUUUCUCCCACCUCCGUCCAGGUGAGCUGGGAGCCUCCCAGCCAACCAAACGGCCCUGUCCUGGGCUACAGGCUGCUGUGGACCGAGAGCCCGUCCGGCAAGGAACAGAGUGUUGAGGUGAAUGGACUCAACUACAAGAUGGAGGGACUCAAUAAGUUCACAGAGUACACUGUUCGAGUUCUGGCGAUCAACCGCUACGGACCAGGCACCGCCCUAGAGACGGCCAGCGUCACCACCCAAUCAGACGUACCCAGCGCUCCUCCCCAGAACAUCACCUUAGAGGUUGUCCUGUCCAGGAGCAUCAAGGUGUCAUGGCAGCCGCCUCCGCGCAGCGCCCAGAAUGGCAUCAUCUCCGCCUACAAGAUCAAAUAUAGGAAGACCGGUCGCCGUGGAGACCAAGAGGCCAUCGAACCCAACAACUUCUGGUACCUGUUCACAGGUCUAGAGAAGGGCAGUCAGUACAGUUUCCAGGUAGCAGCCAUGACAGCCAAUGGAACGGGUCCGGCCAGUGACUGGUACACCGCUGAGACGCCGGAGAACGACCUGGACGAGAGUCAGGUGCCCGACCAGCCCAGCUCUCUGCACGUCAGGCCGCUGCCCAACAGCAUCAUCAUGUCCUGGACUCCACCCCUCAGCCCAAACAUCCUAGUUCGAGGUUACAUCAUCGGCUACGGAGUGGGGAGCCCCUAUGCCGAGACGGUCCGAGUGGACAGCAAACAGAGAUACUACUCCAUCGAAAACCUAGAGCCGAGCUCGCACUAUGUGAUUUCCCUGAAGGCGUUCAAUAAUGCCGGAGAGGGCGUCCCUCUGUAUGAGAGCGCUGUCACUCGAUCUCUGACAGACCCCAUAGACCCAUCUGAGGACGACCUCUUCCACCUCUUUGAUAAAUACCCCACUCCCAUGCCAGACACCAGCACUCCCAUGAUCCCUCCGGUGGGGGUCCAAGCCGUGGCUCUGUCCUCGGACUCGGUCCGCGUCUCCUGGGCCGACAACUCCAUGACCAAGAACCAGAAGGCGUCCGAGGUCCGGUACUACUCCGUCAAGUGGAAGACCAGCUACUCCACCAGUGGAAAGUACAAGUCUGCAGACACCACGGCGCUCAGCCACACCGUCACUGGCCUCAAACCAAACACCAUGUACGAGUUUGCCGUCAUGGUAACCAAAGGCCGCAAGUCCAGCACCUGGAGUAUGACGGCGCACGCCACGACGUAUGAAGCAGCUCCUGGCUCCGCCCCCAAAGAUUUGACAGUGAUCAGUCGCGAGGGAAGACCCCGCGCCAUUUUAAUCAGCUGGCAACCGCCGAUGGAUGCUAACGGACGAAUCACAGGUUACAUCCUCUACUACACGCUGGAUAAGAACAUGCCGAUAGAUGAUUGGGUGAUGGAGGCGAUCACCGGUGACCGGCUGACCCAUCAGGUCGUGGAUUUGAACCUCGACACAGUUUAUUACUUCAGGAUUCAGGCCAAGAACGCCAAAGGAGUCGGCCCGCUGUCUGAGCCCGUCCACUUCAGGACCGCCAAAGUGGAACAUCCAGACAAGAUGGCCAAUGAUCAAGGUCGAGGGGGAGACCACGCCUACUGGCCGUCUGACACCAAUCUAAUCGACAGGAGCAGCAUCAACGAGUCUCCCAUUGGUCAGAUGCGUCCACCUCACGGCAGCGCCACGCCUCAAAAGAACAGUAACCUCCUGGUCAUCAUCGUGGUUUCAGUGGGAGCCGUCACGGUGGUCGUGGUCGUCAUCGUGGCGCUCAUCUGCACCCGGCGCUCCUCGGCCCAGCAGAGGAAGAAGAGAGCGAGCCACAGUGCCAGUAAGAGGAAGGGCAGCCAGAAGGACUUGCGGCCUCCUGACCUCUGGAUCCAUCACGAGGAGAUGGAGAUGAAGAACUUGGAGAAAGCUCCCAGCGUCGCCCCGUCCGGACGGGAUUCACCCCUCCAGUCCUGCCAGGACCUCCCCCAGGUCGCACACAGCCAAUCAGAGAGCCAGAUGGGCAGCAAGAGCAGCCACUCAGGAGCCGACGGUGACGAGGCGUCCAGCAUCAUCUCCACUCUGGAUCGCUCCCUAGCUGGCAGGAGGGGAACACGAGGCAAAAUGAUGAUUCCUAUGGACUCACAGCCGAGCAACACACCGGUGGUCAGUGCCAUCCCGGUGCCUGCUCUGGACUCCUCUCAGUAUCCUGGUAUCCUGCCUUCACCUUCCUGCGGCUUUACUCACAACAAGUUCAGCCUGAGACCGAUGCCCUUCCCAAGCCUGACCGUGGACAGAGGAUACACACCAGCGAUGCCUUCAGACUCCUCCACCAGUCUUCUCCUCCAGCAGCAGCCUCCGCCCCAGCAAACCGCUCCGCUCCUCCCCGGCUCCUCCGCACCGUCGGGGGAACACGUUUCUGGUGUUGGCCAGAUCCCAGGGGCCCCCACCGUCGCCGCUGAGGAGGCCCAGGCUGGGAGCGGUCGGACCAUCCCAACAGCCUGCGUGCGGCCCACCCACCCGCUACGAAGCUUCACCAACCCGCUGUUGCCACCGCCCAUGGGGACCAUCGACCCCAAGGUGUACACCUCCAUGAUGCCACAAUCCAGUGCGAGCCUUCCGAAGCCCCAGGUGAAGACGGCCUCUCUGGGUCAGGCCGGUAAAGCUCGCUCCCCACUGCUGCCCGUCUCAGUCCCGACAGCGCCGGACUUACCGGAGGAAGGAGGAACAAAACCUGCAGAGGAUUCAGCCGCCAACGUUUACGAGCAGGACGACCUGUCGGAGCAGAUGGCCAGUCUAGAAGGGCUGAUGAAGCAGCUCAAUGCCAUUACCGGCUCCGCCUUCUAACCUCUAAUACCGGCCCAGCCCAGCCCAGCCCAGCCCAGCCCUCAGCCACGAUCCAGUCUGGAACCCUUCUUCAAGCCUUGAUGUCACCUGCUCUCCAUAAGAUAACGGCGGCAACAGGUCAAUCUGGGUUUGAAGACGCCUCUGUGGAAUCAGACCUCCAUCUGUGCUUGGUUGAGUUUGUUUGGUUUCUACUGGCCUCGGCUAGUGUCCACUGUUUGGGACCGGGAUAGGAUAGAAGGGAAUCAAACAGAGGAUAAACACUACAGCAGCACAGCAUCAACUCCAAGAACAGGACAAAGGCUGGAGGGGCUUCUGUAGGAGUUCAAACUGAAUCCCCUCUAGACUCUUCAACCUCAAACACAAAACUAGAAAAACCCAAUGCCUAGCGCCUCGGCUUAAUGACACAGGAUGAUGGGAUUAUCACAAAAAAAAAGAAGACAACGUUAUAAGAUCCCUCCUGUUUCUCUUCUUUGUGGUAUUUAUUAGCGUCCUCCUCCGCUGAGUUAUCCACAACUCAGUUACUGUGACUGUACCUCACUUAUUUUUCAUGAUCGCUGUCGGAAGUAUUCCUUUUGUUUUUUUGUUUGGCUAUUCCAACUUUGCAGUUACAGGAUGUGUGUAUGUUUUUGAAAAUGCCACCAGAACCUACAGUAAGAAAUAGAAAACACGUCCUCAGCCACCAAAGUUUCACCAAAACGUUCAUUUUCUCACCUGGAUCCGAGGUCGAGAUCUGUUGUGGUGAUCCUCUCCGCAUUUCCUGCCUAUUUUUCCUCAAUAUCUCUCUUUUCUUUACCCUCUUCUCGAACAAAACAGUAUGAUUUCAGUGAAACAACCAUAACCCAUGAAGCCCUUCCACUUCUGGAUUCGGUGGUUUAAAAAAAAAAAAGGAAGGGAUUAAAAAUGUGAUUUUGGCUGGAUAGAAACAAGUGUGAGAACCUACGAGACCGGUCUGAAAAAGCCUGGAUUGGAUCCAGCUGACUCUACUCUUACAGGACUGUAUAGAAACCUCUAUAGACUCCCACAGUCUUGUUGCUGCUCUUGACCAAGCCUUUACUCUCCUUAACCCAGACAAAACUCCCAAUCUUUACCUACAAUGACUCGUGCCAAAUUUUCAUCUUGGAAAACUUAUUGUAACCGUCUUUGUUUUUAAGUCUGUCUCAGUCCCGACCAUGGACUGGAAGUCAAUGAAAAGCAGUAAGGUGAUCUGUGUGGAACAAAUGUUAUAAGACAUCUGGAUUUGGAUUGGUAGGACCCAUCCCAUCCUGGACAAAUGAAGGUUGGAUUGGAAUGGUACGUGGUCCUUUUGAGAAAUGUGUGUGAAUUCAGUCUGAACACCUCGUUCACAAUUUGUUCACCGUCAGUGACCCCCUGCUAGUUGGAGUCGUGAAGAAUGAGAGAACAGUUAAGUGAGGACUGGCUUUAGCGACGUUGCCAUGCCAUAGUUUCUUCCAAAACCCCAACAGUCCAAAAAAUGUCCCAACAGCCUGUUAUCCUUAACAGAAGCAUGUGGCUAAUUAUUAUGCAAAAUUACAUCAUCGGAUCUUCCCGGUCACAAUAUUUUUUUUCCAACCAUGGUGAAGGCUUGACCCGCCCUACUCUACCUCUGGUUGGCUUACGCUGAUUUUCUUUUUUGACAAAUAUGUUUAUUGAAAUAUUUCACAUAACAAUAAAAACACAUUGCACAUAAAAGGUGCACAAAAAGGCAAACCUAAACAGACUUUGAACAUAAUGUAAAUAAGGCACAUUCUGUUGUCAUACUUGCUGACAAGGUACUAUGAUUGGUGAAAAAAAAUGAAUAAUAUUAUUUUAUAUCUAAAAAUAACAGUGGAUCACUCCAAGGUCCAGAAAUUCCGCGAAUGAGUCUCACAUCUUAUAUCUUAUUUAGUAUAUAUGUAAGUUUCUCCAUAACUAGACAAUGCAACAAUCCAUCAACCCAACUUUGUUUGCUUGAUCUAUUCAUGGAUUGUCAUGGAUCACAGAGCAAUUUUAUGCUCAGCUUCAAGUAAACAGAAUAUAACCAUCUGCUUAUUUGUAUUAUUAAACUUACAGUUUACUGGGAAACAUCCGAAUUUACACAAUGUAGGGCACAGAGGAAGCUCCUCUUUUGUGAUAACGGAUGAAGUCAUUAUUAUCUCCUUACAAUACUCUUGUAUGGUUGGGCAUUCCCAAAGGCAAUGCACCCUGAUAUUCCUACCCUAAACACAACUAAUCUCACUCCUCAUGCCUAAACCGAGUAGAGAAAGAGUGGCGGGUUGUACCUUCGCCAGUUGGAAAAAAUAUUGGGAAGGUCCGAUGAUGUCAUUCUGCAUAAUAUUGAGCCAUUUGCUUCUGUUUGUUACACAGAGAGUGUGUACUUUAAGAGCAAUGGGCCGUCGGAACAAUGGGCAGUCCUCUUUGGGACACCUGUUCAUGUGCUCAUAAAAAGAUAGUAACAUUUUGGAGGGCAUCGUCACUGAAGCAAGAUUAUAGAAAAACAUGAUUUGGAGCACCGACAAAACACAACAUCAUCUCAAUCGUGAGAAAGAGAUAAUUAAGUUGUUGGUAUUUUAUCUAAAUAAAUGAUGAAACUGUUGUCUCUGGAUCAAGAUCUCAGUGAUAAGAACAGAAAAAAAGAUCUUGUUUUCUUGAGAAAACACAUAAAUAGUUUAGAUGAAUAGACAUUCGGCAUCACUGUGAUGAAAUAAUCAGUUGUGAAGGAGGUGUUUCAGAAACAGGAUCAAGAAUCAAGUUAUUAUUAGUGGAAUUAUUGUUAUUAUUAUGAUUACUGAGAUUAGAGACGUUAGAGGGCAGCCGAUGAUGAUGAUGAUGAUGAUGAGAGUGACCUCUACCAUUGUUUAUUUUUUCACUUUGUGCAGUUUUCAGUAUGCGUUUGACUGAAGGUGAGCGUGCUGUAUUCGGGCCUGCUUUUGAUGAAUCCAUAUUUAUUUUUCAUGAGAUAAACACACAUGUACCUCUGUCGACCUGGAUCGCCCACAUGGGGGAAAAAUUGCAAAACCGCCAGCUUCACUUUGAGUUUACUUCAGGGCGUUCCGUUUUUAUACAAAAAUAAUACGAAAAAAAACAAAAACAUACACGCAAAUAAUGCAUAUUCCACAAAGUAUAUUUUUACAUUCGCUGUCCUGUCAGAACUGUGUUUUUUCAAAUCAGGUUUUAUCAAACAUAUUUCCACAAAGAGCUACUUUUAAGGUCAUGAAAACUGAUAGCCUACAGCCUUUGAACGCAUCACAAAAAAGUUUCAUUUUUAUUUAAAUUGUUAACGGGUAUGGAGAGAAUCUUUUGUGCCAUUUUUAGUUUUUACUUUCUUUAAGAAGUGGCCUGAGGGAAAUAUAAUCUCGGUAACAUGAGGUCAGUCAGGACGAUAGAGCAGAGAACCGUUCAGUUCUUUAAAGCAAAUAGAUUUGUAUUGACAAAAAAGCAAAAAGUAAGUUGGAGAAUUAGUGCGAGAAUGAACGGGUUGGGAUAUUUUUUUGGGAGUGCGCAGAAAGGCAGGAGCUUAAAAUGACAAAUGAUUCAUUAAUCAGCUGGGGGGAGAAAAACAGGCCAUCAGUAUGCUCCAUAUUUGACUGUGUCACCCCAGUCACCAUAUUGUAAUUUCCAGACCUUUAUCUCUCUGUGAUGAAAGCAAAAAGCCUGAGGGACACAGAGAGAGCGGAGGCAGAGAAGGUGAAUUGAUAUUCAGAGGUGGUUUGUAUGUGCAAGCUAGGGCACGGAGGAAUGAGGCCGGGAAUUCAUUAUAACGCCGUUUCAAAUAUUAUGAUUCAAGCUCACGCUCGCCGGGCUGUUACGGCUGCGGGGGGAAAAGUCCCGCGGAUGGAGGGGAUGGAAAGGUAACGUCUCUGCAGAACGAGCGCGGGGAUGAAAGGUGAACAAACGCAGGCAAGCGGGCGGCGCGGGGAUCAAACUCAUCAGCGCAUUCUGGGAGAUGCAUCCAGUCUGAGCCGAGUGCUUUAAUACUUCUCCAAGUCGCGCUUCUUUUCCCUUCUUUUCAGAAAAGCAGGGCAGAGCGGCAGACAGAUGAGAUGAUCCGACGCUGCCGGGCGAGACUGAAAUUUGAUUUACAGAAAGAAAAUCUGAUUUGAGCAGUAAAUUUCUAAAUUAAAUGGCCUGUUGACACGAGAGAUUUGUUCUUUUCGGCGUCAAAAGGGGGAAAGUACGAUGAACAUAAAUGGUCACACUGGUACACAAAUAUUUUUUUAAGUACUACUGAUCCUUUUCUAAAUCAUCCAUCAGUUCUUAGAUUGAUUCCUUCCUUCCAGGCAGCCCUUUUUAUUUAAUUUAUAUGAAAAUAAACGUGUAGAGACUUCAAACUUAGCCUGGCUCAGCUUUGUAGUUGGUCAGAAUGAGGCCGAAAAUGUUGAGGAUCGUGGAUGAGAUAAACUGUCGACUAACAAACAAACAAACUGGUUUUAUUUUAUUUUUUUAUUUUACUUUUUAUACCAAAAUGUGUUUUUAGUUGUUUUUUUAUCAUGACUCAUUUGCCCUCAUGAGUUUUUGUUGCCGUCGAGAUAAAUAAAAUAUCCUACGUGCCUUUACUUUUUUCCGAACAGCCUGGUCUCCUAAAAAAUUACGUUCCCAUGCAACUAAACUGCUGUCAACUAAACUGUCAAUUACGUUUCGAGGGAAACAUAUUUUCUCCCGGAUUACGUUUGUUUUUGACGUAAAUAGGUUUCUUAUCAUAGUCCGCAGAAGACGCGCUAGGGAGGAGGUCAGGAUGGAUGGGCCGAUGGGUCAAACAAACACAGGAAGUUCCCCACUGUUAGUGUCCUGUCUGAAACCAAAAGUCAACAUUACAUAACGUGACAAACAUACGUAUUACAUAGGAAAAGAUCACGGUUUGGGUUAAAAUAACACCAGAAGUGCCAUACGGAAGUUACGGCGUUUAUACGGCGUUUAUACGGCAUUUAUACGGCGUUUAUACAGCUACAUGGCGUUCGCCACUCUUUAUUAUUCCUGGUUCACAAUUAUGUAGUUUACACACGAAUUGAUUUUGUGCUGACCACGAUCACGAAAAAAAAUUUAAAUUCGCGUCUAUGUACACGAUUCAAUU